CUCGGCUGGGCCAACAAGUUCCUCUUCUUCCAGGACAUCAAGGUGCGCAAUCGGAUCAACAAGCUGCCCAAGUCCGGCAUCAACGACGGCAACGCGCUCUUCAUCUUCGACGACCGCCUGCCGUACGGCUUGUCGUCGCAGCACCAGAAGACGAUCGUUAUUGCCGCCAACAAGUCCACGGGCAAGGACGAACACCCGAUCGCCUACGUCGGCGGCAUCGACCUCACCAACGACCGAUGGGACACCAUCCAUCACAACGUUUCGGCGCUUCGGAAGGAGUCGGGCGUGCACUUCCGCAACAGGGGCUGGGUCGACAGCAGCAUGCGGAUCCACGGCCCGGCAGCCAAGGACGUGGCCAACAACUUCCUCGCUCGCUGGAACUCGCUCUACCUGCCGACGCAGAGUCUCGGAGACGACGUCAUCAACUUCGAGAACCCGCAGUACUCGUACCUGCCGCCUCUCGACUACGCCAGCAGCAACACCACGUCCAGGCUUGGCAAGCAAAACGUGCAGAUUGUGAGAACUUUCAGCUGCAAGUACAAGCGCUGGGAGUUUGCUCCGAACGGCGAGAACUCGCUCUUCCACGCGCGGAUCAAGGCCAUCAAGAACGCCAAGAACUUCAUCUACAUUGAAGACCAGUACUUCAUCCACGUGCCCGAGCUGCUGGACGCGUUGAUGGAGGUCAUGCCGACGUUGCAGCGCCUGAUCGUCGUCGUGCAGCCGCCGGAGCUGCUCACCAAGUCGGGCGGCUACGAGAAGUACAUGUACGCGAACAUGCAGCCACUGAAAGAAAAGUUCCCCAACAAGUUCAAGCUCUACACGAUGAAGACGGACCUGGACAUCUACAUCCACAGCAAGCUCGUGGUCAUCGACGACGUAUACCUGGCGGACGGCUCGGCCAACUGGAACCGCCGCAGCAUGACGUCCGACCCGGAGCUGGACGCCAACGUGGUGGACGACCAGCACGUCAAGACGCCCGACGGGAUCAAAGUGGGCAAAGUGGUCCACGACUUCCGCGUGCGCAAGUUCCAGGAGAUGACGGGCCGCAGCUACGAGGAGAUCGACGCCAUGAAGUUCCUGGACGCCGCGGAUCUGUACGACAAGGCCGCCGCAGAGUCGUCGUCGCUCAUCCAGAAGUUCGACGUGGAUAAGGAAUGGUACUACAACCUCUUCGGCAGUGGGGUGCAGAAGACAGUCGACCCGCAGGACACGUGCGAGGGCUCCUCAUACAAAGCCUCGUAG